GAAGGCUAACAUCCUCCGCCCUGAGUGAAGCGGUAUAAACAGAAAAGUUUGAGGUUGAUCGACAGGGCGGCCAAACGAUAGGAAAUCGCGGAUUUUCCUCAGUUUUCACGAUGAGUUGCUGUAGUGGGAGAUGUACGCUCAUAGCGUUAUGUUUUCUACAACUGAUAGCGACAGUAGAAAGACAAGUGUUUGACUUCCUAGGGUACAUGUGGGCUCCUAUCAUCGGGAACUUCUUCCAGAUCAUCUGUGUCAUAUUGGGACUCUUUGGCACCUACCAGUACAGACCAAGAUAUAUCGUGGUGUACUGUACGUGGGGCGUCCUGUGGGUGGCCUGGAACAUCUUUAUCAUCUGUGUAUACCUGGAACUGGGCAGUCUCACUGUAGAAACGCCGGCACUGACGCUCGGGGCACCACAGAGCAUCAGCUGGUGGAGAGAACACGGGAUUGGCUGCCAGGCCUCCAACGCCACGGCAACGUCGACCAAUCCGGUGGUGACAGGCUGUCUGCUGGACUUCACUUAUGUAGAAAUGAUCCAUGCUGCAAUUCAAAUCGUACUGGCUAUCGUAGGGUUUAUCUAUGGCAUCUACGUGGUGUAUAUGUUCACAGAAGAGGACGACAGUUUUGACUUCAUAGGAGGUUUUGACUCGUACUCAGCGUACCAGGCCCCACAGAAAACGUCCCAUAUGCAGUUGCAGCCGAUGUAUGUUACCAGUUCUACUUGUUAGUGGUGAAGGGAAAAAGACUUUCUUUCUCUGGAGGGAUGGCCCCGCGGUGGAAUGAAUGUGGAAAAAGUCUCCCUCAUCUGAAGUUCUAGCUGAUACUACAACAGGGCAAGCUGACUGUGUAAUCGUGUGCUUAUAUCUCUGUCCCAAUGCAUGCUGUCCACCCCCAUUUGUCUAGUGAGGAUGGUCCGAAAUUUGUUACCACUCAUAGUGACUAGGGUAGACCUGGGCAAUACUACUGUCGAAGCAGGGGUGUUUUUGCCUCCGAAGUUCUUUGUAUAUAUGAAAUGUCUCUGGCCAACCACUUUAGCAAUAGAGUAGUCUUAUUGGUCGAUUGCGGUUUUGGACCAUUCCACUUUUAAAUGGGGAGGCACAGAGCUUUUGUUGUGGGGAGGAAAAAAAUUGGUGCUGCGAAAAAAGAAAAUGGUGUGUGCUUAUGGAAAUGCGAUAUUAUACAAAGUGGCACUGUCCAACUAAAGAUAUUUUUGGUUAACAAAAUAGCACAUACCUCAUAUUAUUGGAAAUAUUAUUAGAGAAAAUAGUACAGAAUACAUACACAAAUCUAUGUAUAUCUAUGGCUGAAAAGAUUUAAGAUACUUGGUUAAAGAAUCAGUUCACCAAAGUUUGACAACCUUGUAGCGAGUUGUAGUUUUAAGUUUGAAAGAAAGAAACAAGCGACGCUUUAAGUAUGGAUGACGGUCUAAAUCCGGAAAACUUUGAUUUUCUCAAAGUAGAUUGACCAAUCAUGUCCACAAGUAUGAUGUAACAAAAGGUUGAUACUCAUAUCCAUGUAAUCCUUUAUAGAUUUCUUCAGAAGCAUGCUCAGAUCUCCAGAAUUCUCCAGAAUUCAGAACUGAAUUUAAGAUAAAACAUGUUCCCCUUUAGUACCUAGUCUUCUGCGUCAUGAUUUAACACACUCAGUAUAAAAUGAUUUUAUUGUCUUUCCAAGAAGAACUCAAGUUUUUCGGAUUUAUAAAGACUGCCUUUCCGAAUAUAUAGACACUGUGUCACUUGUGGAAGAUGUUAUGGUAGAUGAGAUGAGAGCAUAUAGAAAGUUUAAAGUAUGACAGAGAAAAACUAUGUUAUAAAGAUUAAAAACAAUAUUAUAGUUGAAGUGUUGAGGAUAUCGGCCAAAGUGUGUACAGGAAUAGGCUAUGAUCGUUCUUCAGGGUAGUGAAAUGUGAAGAAAAGAAGAUAUGAUGUAUUUUGUGGCUUGUUAAUUCCACGGAGUUAUGAAGUUUGUUUCUAACAGUUUGGUAUACACAGUAAAGGUUUGAAGUAGAUCAUUAUUUUCAAAUUUCCAUCCAACUUCUGGACCUCCAAACUUUGGUUGGGAUUGGGAUUACCAAACUUUCAUUUGGAGGGCCAGAGAGCUUAAAAAUUUAGCUGUUUGGAAUUAGAAAAAGGAUUGCACCUCUGAAUUGUACGAAA